ACGUUGUGGUAGGAUCAGAUUUUGUUGUAUCUACCUGGCAGCAGGUAGUGGAACCCGCCUUCUCCCGGCUCUCAAAUAAGUCUGCUUGGUUUACAGUUUGUUGAGAGAUUUUAAUGAAAGAAGGAGGGUGAGCCGGACAGUGUACUUUGGCAGCGGAUAAAUAAUUAACCUGGCAACUCAAGCAGUUUACAGAAGAGCUGACAUGAGGAGCAGAGCCAAGCAGUAGCGGAGUGUGCCCCCCGUGUGCCUGUGUCUCGAGACUGAAAACAGGCCUACAGGUGUUUUUGUAUUUCUGCUGUUUUAAUGCCAUUUGACCUGGAUACACUGCACUGUAAUCAUGCUGGGAGCCGAGGGCAGACUGGAGAGCCGGCUGGAGAAGCUGGAGUCCCUCAUGAGGGAUCCACAGUCGGGACUAAACUUGGAAACACUACUGGAUUCCAUGAACGCGCUGGCUCAUGAUCUGAAUUAUCCUGCCCUGAGGAAAAACAAAAACAUAGAGGCGUUUCUGAGCCGAUAUGAAAAGGCAGCGAGUCAACUCCGAGAGCUGCAGGUGAAGCUUGAAGACUUCGACAAAGUGAAGUUGAUCGGAAAAGGAGCCUAUGGAGAAGUGCGACUGGUUCGUCACAAGGCCUCUCGAAAGGUUUACGCCAUGAAGCAGCUUAACAAGUUUGAGAUGAUAAAGCGGUCAGACUCUGCCUUCUUCUGGGAGGAGAGGCACAUCAUGGCCUAUUCCAACAGUCCAUGGGUCGUACAGCUGUUCUGCGCUUUCCAAGACGACCGCCACCUCUACAUGGUGAUGGAGUUCAUGCCCGGAGGCGACCUGGUCACGCUCACCAUGAACUACGACAUACCUGAGAAGUGGGCUAUCUUUUACACGGCUGAAGUAGUGCUGGCGUUGGACGCUAUCCACUCCAUGGGCUUCAUCCAUCGAGAUGUGAAACCUGACAACAUGCUGCUCGACCAACACGGACACCUCAAACUGGCAGAUUUCGGCACGUGCAUGAAGAUGGACUCGACAGGCAUGGUGCACUGUGACACAGCUGUAGGCACGCCGGACUACAUCUCCCCCGAGGUGCUUCAGUCUCAGGGCGGUCAUGGUCACUACGGCCGUGAGUGCGACUGGUGGUCCGUAGGAAUCGUUAUCUAUGAGUUGCUAGUCGGUGAUACUCCCUUCUAUACUGAGUCCCUGAUUGGAACAUAUGGGAAGAUCAUGAACCACAAGAACUCCCUCGUCUUCCCAGAGGACAAAGACAUGUCUCAAGGCGCCAGAGACCUCAUCUGUGCCUUUCUUACUGACAGGGAGGUUCGUCUGGGUCGCACCGGAGUGGAUGAGAUAAAGUGCCACCCUUUCUUCAAGAACGACCAGUGGACCUUUGACAACAUCCGAGAGACUGUGGCUCCAGUUGUGCCUGAGCUGAGCGGCGACAUCGACACCAGCAACUUUGACGAAGUAGAGGUUGAUAAAAAGGAUGUUGAGACCUUUCCUCCACCCAAAGCCUUUGUGGGCAACCAGCUGCCAUUCAUCGGCUUUACUUACUUCAAAGAGGACCAGCUGCUGAAGGUAAAUAAUAACUGCUCUGUGGAGGAUUCAGAGGAGAGUAAGGAAAACUCUGAGGAAAAGGAUCAUUGCUCGGACAGUAAGAAAGAGCUGCUGAAAAAGCUUCAUGAGCUGGAGGAGCAGGUCUACAAUGAGAUGCAGGCCAAAGAUGAGCUGGAGAACAAGUGCAAAAAUGCCAACAACCGUUUAGACAAGCUUGUGGAAGAGUUAGACAAGGAGAUGAGUAGCAGGCAGAAAGUGGAGGCCUCUCUGAGGCAGCUGGAGCGAGAGCAAGCGCUGCUGCAGCACCAGAGCGCUGAAAACCUGCGCAAGGUGGAUAUGGAAGCGGACAGGAAACGCAGCCUAGAGAAUGAAUUGAACCUUCUGAGGGACCAGCUAGAGGAUCUUAGGAAGAAGAACCAGAAUUCCCAGAUCUUCAAUGAGAAGAACAUCGAGCUGCAGAGACAACUCGAGGAGGCCAACGCCAUGCUGCUGGCUGAGCAGGAGGCGGCAGCGCGGCUGAAGAAGAGUCAGGCAGAGGCGCAGAAACAGGCUCAGUGCCUGGAGCUCAGCCUCAGGGAGAUGCAGGAAAAGUGCAGCCGGCUCGAAAACAGCAAGCAGGAGCUGGAGAAGCAGCUGAGGGGGCUGCAGGCCGAGCUGGAGGAGGAGAGGAGGGGCCGCAGCAUCGGGACCGAAACUAUUACUGACCUGCAGGGACGCAUCUCUGGCCUUGAAGAAGAAGUAAAAGAGGUGAAGUCCUCUGUUUCUAAGGUCCACACCGAAAAGAAGCAGCUACACGACAAGCUCAACGAUCUUGAGAAGGAGAAGAGCAACCAAGAGAUCGACCUGACGUUCAAUCUGAAGUCGCUCCAGCAGAGUUUGGAGCAGGAGGAGGCCGAACACAAAGCCACCAAAUCCAAGCUCGCAGAUAAAGACAACAUCUACGAGUCCAUCGAGGAGGCAAAGUGUGAGGCCUUAAAAGAGAUGGAGUGCACUCUGCAGGAGGAGAGGAGCCUGAAGCUGCAGGUGGAGGCGAGGCUGCUGCAACAAGAGAAGGCCCACUCCAUGCUGGACUGCGACUAUAAGCAGGCGCAGCAGAAACUCAACGAGAUGCAGGCGCAGAAGGAUAAACUUUCUCAAGAGGUGAAGAGUCUGAGUCUGCGUCUGGAGGAGGAGAUCCACAAGCGCAGCAUGACCCAGAGCGAUCUGAAGAUGCAGAACCAGCAGGUGUCGGUGCUCAGCUCCUCCGAAAAACAGCUCAAACAGGAGCUCAACCACCUGCUGGAAAUGAAGCAUAUCAUGGAGAAACAGAUCCAGGAGCUACGCAGGGAGAGGCAGGAGGCCGGCGGCCAGCUGAAGGAGCUGAAGGACCAACUGGAGAGUGAGCAGUAUUUCACAACUCUUUACAAGACGCAGAUUCGUGAGCUGAAGGACGAGUGUUCUGAGAGGAGUAAACUGUACAAAGAGGCGCACCUACAACUGGGACAAUAUCAGGAGGAGAGGAGCUCCAUGUCAGCACAGCUGGAGUCCAGUCUGACAAAGGCGGACUCGGAGCAGCUGGCUCGCUCCUUCGCUGAGGAGCAGUACUCGGAUCUGGAGAAGGAGAAGAUCAUGAAGGAGCUGGAGAUCAAAGAUAUGAUGGCGAGAAACAAACUGGACCUCGGAGACAAGGAGGCCACAAUCAGCUCGCUGGAAGAGUCCAAUCGCACUCUGACGGUGGAUGUUGCCAACCUGGCCAGCGAGAAAGAGGAGCUCAACAACCAGCUGAAAGACAUGCAGCAACAGCUCCAGAAAGCAAUGGAGGAGGAGAAGCAGAUGAACUCGCACAAACUGUCCUUUGAAAAGCUGCUGCAGAAUGAAAGGACGCUCAAAAUUCAGGCUAUCAACAAGCUGACCGAGGUGAUGAACAGGAGGGAGUCGGGGCGAGGAGGCCAGCGCACGAUCGACACUGAGGUGCACAGGAAGGAGAAACUGAACAGGAAGCUGCAGCAGGAGCUGAGGACGGAGAAGGAGAAGCUCAACAGCACCGUCAUCAAGUACCAGAGAGAGAUGACGGAUAUGCAGGCGGUUCACCUGCAGCAGGAGCUGAGGACGGAGAAGGAGAAGCUCAACAGCACCGUCAUCAAGUACCAGAGAGAGAUGACGGAUAUGCAGGCGGUGAUCUUUGUGGCACUUGGUGUGGCAGCGACGGCACUCGAGGGCCGGCGGGGGUUUAAAAACAUUCCAAAGGGGCCGGGUGCAGACCUCACAGCUGGACGGGAAGUGGUAGAGAGUGAGGAUGAACUCAUGGCCCUUGUGAGGGAUGAAGGUGGGGCGAUCCACAAACGUCCCCGGAUCCACUGCCACCUCCUGAUCACGUUUGAACUGCCAUGCAGCGUCACCUUCAGGUUCAGCCUCAGGGGGCUGUUCGUAGGUGAGGGCCAGGGGACGGGGGCCCUGCUCCGCCCUCCUGCCAUAUUCUUCUUCAUCCUCAGAGUCGUUGCCACUGCUGAUGCUGGUGGUGUCCAGAGAGUGAAUGCUGAGGGAAGUGAUCUGACACCGGAGCUGCUCGAUGUCGCUGUCUUUGCUGUCCAACAUCAUCUAACAAAUAUGUUUUUUUCUUCCGCAGUGAACUAUGACAUCUCCACUGCCAAAGAGCUGCUUCUGCUGACCGGCUCUCAGGAGGAGCAGCAGCGCUGGGUCGCCCACCUCCUCAAACGCAUCCCGAGGAAACACCCGACCAUGAGUCCUCCCACCGCAACACAAAACAACCACCCUGACCCACCGCCGCGCCUGUCUCCUCGAAACUCCCCGAGACCCUCACCCAAGGUUUCGCCUCGUCUGUCGGCCCAUCGCGGAGCCAUCAAGAUCCAGCCCGGCAGACAGCAGCCGUCCUCAGGGAAGCCCAGAUUGCUUGAGUUCGGCCUCAGAGACUGGAGUUGGCCAUUGGAUGAUGAUGAUGAUGAUGAUGAUAUGUUCUUCUGAAUGAAGUGAAAGAGGGGGGUCAGAGGUUAACCCUGGCUCAUCAAAGAUGUGUAUUUUCAUCUUUAUGGAUAAACACCCGCAGCCUGGACUCAGUGCCUUCAUGUGUUAUUUCAUCAGGGCAGUAGACUGAAAAGAACCCUGCUAAUCAUGGACAGAAACAUUCACAGAGACUGGCUGUCGUCAUGAGAACUGAGGCUGCCUUUGACAUUUUAACAAGAUGAAAAUGAGCAGUCAUAUUAGAGUGAGACUACAUCCAAAGAAAAAGUUUUAUAAAACGGAUUAAAAGUGCUUUAUUUAUAACCAUCAUGAAAAAACAUGGGCGUUUUAUUCUGUCAGAUGCAGUGGAUGACAUGGAUUUAUGUUUGUUAGGCAUGUGUGUGAACAUUUGUAUAUAGGAUUAAGAGGUCUGCGUAUUGUAACACAGAAAGCUUAGCUCAUAGAAUAUGAUUAUUUGUAUGGAUGUCAGUCAGCAGCACAUUAUACAGUAUGCUUGCCUUAUAAAUGAAUAAGGUUUUCAUUACACAAAGUAGACUUGUAUAACAUACGACAGAAUAAUGUGAAUUGAAUAGAAACCAUGUGUUCUUUUCUCGCCAUUCAUGAAAAUGACAUUUAAAUAAAGUUCUGUAACCCUAAUAAUGAGUAAUUCAUUUUUUAUGUAUUUUUUGAAAUCCAAUGUAGAGGUUUGAGAGAUUUGUCUUGAUAUAACAAAGCAUGACUAUGACCCUAAAGAUGUAAUCAGUGUAUUCAUGUCUUGUUUGAAACCUUUCAAGGAUUAAAUACAAAAACUCCUCCCUGCACUAUAAUCACAUCAAAAGCAGCGGGAGUAAAUGAAAUGGA